UUCUCGCUGUGCUUUUCAGCAAGCAGUCUGCUGCGUAUCUUGUCCUCUUGUCCUGCGAAGCCCGAGAAGUUUGGUGAAACUGUGUGCGUCGUGUGGGCUUCUCUGCGUCGUCGUCAUCCCCCAAACGUACCAACAUGACGCAAAUGGAGCGUGCCUCGGAGAUAAUUCUCCUCGCCGGCAAUUCGCACGUGGAUUUGGCGCAGAAGAUCGCGGACCGCCUGGGGAUCAGGGUUGGAAACUGCACUGUUGUGCACUCGGCCAACAGAGUUGGCGACCACACAAACUGCGUGGAAACCCUUGUUGACAUUGGAGAGUCUGUACGCUCCAGAGAUGUGUACAUCAUUCAGACUGGAUCCAAGGACGUCAACAACAGCAUCAUGGAAAUGCUUAUCAUGGCCUACUGCUGCAAGACAUCCUGUGCCCGCAAGAUCGUUGGCGUCAUCCCGUACCUGCCAUACGGCAAGCAGAGCAAGAUGCGCAAGCGAGGAUGCAUCGUCUCCAAGCUGCUCGCGCAGAUGCUCGUCAAGGCCGGUUUGACACACAUCAUCACGAUGGAUCUUCACCAGAAGGAGGUGCAGGGGUUCUUCGACAUCCCCGUGGACAACCUGCGAGCCUCGCCCUUCCUGCUGCAGUACAUCACCGAAUGCAUCCCAGACUACAGAAAUGCAGUCAUUGUUGCUCGGAAUCCGUCCACUGCAAACAAGGCCACAUCUUAUGCCGAGCGCCUGCGACUGGGCAUUGCGGUGAUCCACGGUGAGCAGAAGGAGUCCGAGUCAGACAUGGUCGAUGGCCGUUACUCUCCUCCGACGGUUCUCGUGUCUGGGCGCACUAUGGAGGUUGGCCUCGACAUCAUGCCUGUGCCUGCAGCAAAGGAGAAGCCACCAAUCUAUGUGGUGGGUGAUGUUGGUGGCCGCAUUGCCAUCAUGGUGGAUGACAUGGUGGAUGACGUGCAGUCCUUCGUGGUGGCUGCCGAAGUGUUGAAAGAGCGUGGUGCCUACAAGAUCUAUGUGCUGGCCACCCACGGACUCCUCUCUAGCGAUGCACCGCAGCUCAUCGAAAACUCUCCAAUCGACGAGGUGGUGGUGACCAACACGGUUCCGCACGAAGUGCAGAAGAUGCAGUGCCACAAGAUCAAGACGGUGGACAUUAGCGUGCUCCUGUCCGAGGCCAUCCGGCGCAUCCACCACAAGGAGUCCAUGUCUUACCUCUUCCGAAACGUCACGCUCGAGGACUGAGCACACCUGGGUGUCUGAUUUUCAGAUGGCCAUAUACCAGGUGCAGAAGACUUCAGCACUCACAUUGGGUGCAUUCCACGGAUUAUCUCCUGGUUGAAAAGGACCGCUGUUUGUAAAGCCCAGCUUCAACAGUACGAGAAGCAGUUUGCCAAGAAGCAGCCACUUUUGAAUUUUUAUGCCUUAUUUCUUUCGUUACGUUUACUUUGUUUGUCAAAAUUAUGUUCCAAUUUUUCAUAGGCAGUGCUUCCCGACGAUGUAAAUGCAGUCUUCACUUAUGUUCAGCUGUGAAAUGUGCACAGCACUUUCAACGCAGAAGAACUAGAGGUUAUGUGAUCUCAGCGUUGCUUGUCGAAGCAUUAUUGCAUCAUGUGCCGUGAUGAAAAAUGUCACAAGUGCACAAUGUGGGUGCUGAUGAUUGGCUCAAAGCGGCCAAAUUAUUUGCGAAAGUUGGAAACCACGCUUCCUCCUAUUGUACUUAUUUUGAAAGUUCCAUCACUUCAAUGCUUCACACACAUAUAAAUGAUUUAAGUUACUGUUUACCAGCUGUUAAAAGCACUUAGAUUUUUUGUUUCACAUAUUCUUGGGACUAUCUUUAACCAGCGCAGUUGCUGUGUUCUUCGGCUGCUGUCCAAACUGCGUAAAGGUUUUUGACGGUGGCAAUUCAACACAGAUGGUGUCGCGUGCUUUUCUUAGACCUGAUGAACAGUUAACGGGUAUGGGCACACUUUCAAGAUAUCUAAAUAUUUUCUUCUGCAAGAUGUUGUUCGAACUUCAGAUGUCACUUGCAUUGUGUUUUAACCCAUGCAUUCUUUAGUGUCAGUACUUGCUUUGUCUGUGAAACUUGUAUUCAAAAGCUUUUGAAGUUGGGCGAGUUGGUACAUAUUCGUAAUUGGAAUGUUGGAAGCAACGUGAAGUAAUGCAGACAGAGGGCCAGAGAAACCAAGACAAGCGCUGCACUAACAACUGAAGUUCAUUGAAGCAAGAUGUUAUAGAUAUUCAAAAAUCUAUAAUACCACAGAGUGCACUGUGGAAACUGUUUGAGGCUGAAUGGGAGUCUUAUGAUUUCUCAUUUCCGCAGAGUUUGCACAGUGUGCUCUUCUAUAAACUUCAAUUGUUAGUGCAGCGCUUUUGUUUCUCUGCCCUUCUGUCAGUUCAUUUUUGCACUGCUUUCAGCAUUCCAACCAUGAAACUUGUGUUUGCAUCACAUUCAGGGCCAGGUUGCAAUGCAUUGUGGGCACACCAAGUUAUUUCAUUAUUGCUGCCUAUUUAUGUAAGUCUAUCACUAUCGAAGACAAUGUGAUUCUAAAGCAUGCAAUUCAUUUGAGUGUCAAGUUUUAUGCACAACAUCGAGGUAAAAGAAUUAUCCACAACCUUUGCAUUUUAUUAGUGUUGCCACGCUUUUAUCUACCAGAAAUACAAAGUGUGGGAUUUAGAUAUUGUGCCCAAUUUUGUGUUUUAGGAAAUAAGGCAUUCGAGUUUUACCUGCUUUGCAAUGUGCUGUUUACGGCCAGUUCUUUUUCUGUUCAUGUUUAGCACCCUACUUGAGUGCCGAGGUCAUUCUUGAGCACACCAUAUCAAUAUAUUUUGAGAAAACUUAUAUACAUCACUUGUAAAAUGUUGUUUUUGUCUUAAGAAGCUGGUCAACUGAUGUGGUACUAUAUGCUUCUAUAAACACACAGCCAAACAAUUGAGCUGUCAGAAUUUGGUCAACAUGGAGAAUGUUUUGAUUAGGUGGCAUUCUUUUAGCUGCUGCAAUGCUGCAGAAUCGUGUGUUUGGAACUGGAAUGAUGUGAGGCCAGUAUGUUUUUUACUGGGCUUGUGCACGGUAUUAGUGUUGUCAUUUUUGGUAUUGAUGCAUAGCCGAGUGUGUGUAGACAUUGUAGUCAAUAUUUUUGGGGACUUUUUUUUUAGAACUAUGUUUCCAAUGAUGUCCAACCUUACAUUUUGUGGUGUGGGAAAGCACCUGUAAGCAGCUGGCAGCUGUCUUGUGAAUAAAUGAAUACUACUUUGUUAA